AUGCACGGCUAUGUCACUAUCAAUUUAAAAAAUAAUACUCCAAUCCCUUCAAAAGAAACAAUUAAAAAUAUGAUUGAACAGUGGUGUACUACUAGAAGUAAAAGGGCUCAAAUAAAAUAUUUAGCACUGAGUAAAACAACAAAAGGACCUAAUAGACAUGUUCAUGCCUUCUUUGAAUUGGAAGAUGUAAGUCACGUAAGAAAGAGACCAUUUACACAAUUAAACAAGGAACAGCAUUUUAUGAAAUUUGAAAAGAUUACAGAGAACGAAAACUACGAUGGAAGUUUCAAAACAAUUAUUGAUUACUUAAAGAAACAAGGAGAAAAACAUCCAGAAAGUGGAGCCAUAUUUGAAGAAAUCGGCAAAAUGGAAAACAACAGAGGAAGAUUAGGUGACAUCGAUUUGGGUAGAGCUUUAAAGAUGCCAGACUUAGAAGAGGCACAUGCUUACUUGAAAGGAAUAAGUGUAAAGGGAUUUAUGAAUAUUGGACAAAAAUUUGAUUCUUUGUGGAACCAAGAACACAGUAGAGAUAAUUAUAACAGAAUAAGAAUCAAACUUCAACCUUGGAAAGAAAAUAAUCCAGUAGUCAAAAACAGUAGAAUAUGGUUGAAUUCAGCAUUGAGUGGAAAGAGCAAAAGAAUUAAAACACUAGUAAUAGUUAGUGAUACCAAAAUGGGUAAGACUGAAUUUAUAAAUGAUUUACUUAAAGAUCUUAAAGUAGAUGAAUUCCGAGGUAGAUUUAUGAUGGAUGGUCAUAAUGAAAACUUGAAAUAUGAUAUCCGUCUAUUUGAUGAUGCCAAUUUAAAUGACAUCAUUUGGCCGGAAUUUAAAUCUUUAAUAAGUACCAGAGGAGAACAGAUAACCAUAAAUGUAAAGUACUCUCACGCCAGAGUUACAUCAAUUCCGACUAUUUUAGUACUUAAUCCAGGUAGUUGGAAAGCUUUGCAACAAACAGCCAAGGAGUUUGAAGACUUCGAUUGGUUAGAGAAAAACACAGUAGUGCUCCAGACAAAAGAAAAAUUGUACAUUGAACCACCACCUAAGGAAGAAGCAGUACGGGAUAAAAGUAAAUAUGAUGGAUUAGAUCCAAAACUAGUAGAAAUGCUUUUGGAGAAUGAAGUUGAAGAAGAUGUUAGUUUAGAUGAUAUGGGAGAUAACACAAUAGAUGAUUUAAAUGAUAUAAUAGAAGAAUUGGAAGAAGAAAGCAUGCCUCCUCCUGUAACACUUGAAGAGCCAAUGUCAGUAGAAGAAAACAGAGAGAAAAACAAGUCUUUAAUAUUAUCUCUAUUAAAAGAGAAUGAUACACCAUUAGUACCACCUAAAGAACCAGACGUUGAAUUAACUCAACAAGCUAGAGAACUAGCAAAUAGGUGGUUAGGUGGAAAUUUUAAUUAA